AUGACAACCGUACAACCAUUGCUGGUGCAUGGGUACGAGGCGUUGUUUGGGAAUCAAUUCGUAUUAAAUGGUUCGCGAACUCCAUCAGGCUCAAUUACUCCACCACCGCUUCUGCCAGUGACAAGUGUGAGUGAUAGCACUCCCAAAAAACACAUAUUUGGAUGGUUCCAUAAUAUUGUAACAAAGUACAGAAAUCGUAAAACAAGAAAGGAGGAGUUGAACAUUCUUAUUGAGGAGAUAUAUGAUAGCUAUAGACUGGCGACUAUUUGCUCGCCAACUGCAGAGGCAUACCACCAUCGGAAGAAAAGAAAAUUGCUGUUUAGAUUAAUCCGGCCGCAACAGGAGAACUUGGAUGAACAACAACUCAACUUUGGUACUUUUGUGGGGAGACAAUAUUUGAAACUGGUCACCUUAAAUGAAUUGAGAUCAAAUGUACGGGACACCUACCAUCAACGACUUCAACAAGGGAUCAUCAAAACAAGGAAAAGUUAUUCUAGUGCAACAAGUGAAUCAUUAUUUAAUUAG